GAGACACCGCGGGUGGCUGCCGAUGCUUCCCGGCCAGUCGGUCGGCUGUGGGCCAUGGCUAACGUCUCCAAGAAGGUGUCGUGGUCUGGCCGCGACCGUGACGACGAGGAGGCGGCGCCGCUACUGCGGAGGACGGAAGGUCUAGACGAGGGCACGCCGCUGCUGAACGGGGCCGGGCCGGCCGCGCGCCAGUCAUCGCAUGCUGCAUUUUUCCGAAUUGGACAGAUGAACAAUGUGGAGCUGGACGACGAGCUCCUGGACCCAGAAGUGGACCCUCCGCACACCUUCCCCAAGGAGAUCCCACACAAUGAGAAACUUCUGUCUCUUAAGUAUGAGAGCUUGGACUAUGACAACAGUGAGAACCAGCUCUUCCUGGAGGAGGAGAGACGGAUAAACCACACGGCGUUCCGGACAGUGGAGAUCAAGCGCUGGGUCAUAUGUGCCCUCAUCGGCAUCCUCACAGGCCUUGUGGCCUGCUUCAUUGACAUCGUGGUGGAAAACCUGGCUGGCCUCAAGUACAGGGUCAUCAAGGACAAUAUCGACAAGUUUACAGAGAAGGGUGGCCUUUCCUUCUCCCUCCUGCUGUGGGCCACGCUGAACUCUGCGUUUGUGCUCGUGGGCUCCGUGAUUGUGGCCUUCAUGGAGCCAGUUGCUGCUGGUAGUGGCAUCCCCCAGAUCAAGUGCUUCCUCAACGGGGUGAAGAUCCCCCACGUAGUGCGGCUCAAGACGCUGGUGAUCAAGGUGUCUGGCGUGAUUCUGUCCGUGGUAGGGGGACUGGCUGUGGGAAAGGAAGGGCCGAUGAUCCACUCAGGUUCAGUGAUUGCUGCUGGCAUUUCCCAGGGACGGUCGACGUCACUCAAGCGGGAUUUCAAGAUCUUCGAGUACUUCCGCAGAGACACGGAGAAGCGGGACUUUGUCUCAGCAGGAGCUGCAGCUGGAGUAUCGGCUGCAUUUGGAGCACCUGUGGGUGGAGUCCUGUUUAGCCUUGAGGAGGGUGCCUCCUUCUGGAACCAGUUCCUGACGUGGAGGAUCUUCUUUGCAUCCAUGAUUUCCACCUUCACGCUGAACUUUGUUCUGAGCAUCUACCAUGGAAACAUGUGGGACCUGUCAAGCCCUGGCCUCAUCAAUUUUGGAAGAUUUGACUCAGAGAAAAUGGCGUACACCAUCCACGAGAUUCCUGUCUUCAUCGCCAUGGGUGUGGUCGGUGGCAUUCUUGGAGCCGUGUUUAAUGCCUUGAAUUACUGGCUGACCAUGUUUCGAAUCAGGUACAUCCACAGGCCCUGCCUGCAGGUGAUCGAGGCCAUGCUGGUGGCUGCUGUCACGGCCACGGUUGCCUUUGUGCUGAUUUAUUCCUCCCGGGAUUGCCAGCCCCUGCGGGGAAGCUCCAUGUCCUACCCGCUUCAGCUCUUCUGUGCAGACGGCGAGUACAACUCUAUGGCUGCAGCCUUCUUCAACACGCCCGAGAAGAGCGUAGUCAGCCUUUUCCAUGACCCACCAGGCUCUUACAACCCCAUGACACUGGGCCUCUUCACACUGGUGUACUUCUUCCUGGCCUGCUGGACCUACGGGCUCACAGUGUCUGCCGGCGUCUUCAUCCCAUCCCUGCUCAUUGGUGCCGCCUGGGGCCGGCUUUUUGGCAUCUCCCUGUCCUACCUCACAGGGGCAGCGAUCUGGGCAGAUCCUGGCAAAUACGCCUUGAUGGGAGCAGCUGCCCAGCUUGGUGGGAUCGUGAGGAUGACCCUGAGCCUGACUGUCAUCAUGAUGGAGGCCACCAGCAAUGUGACCUACGGCUUCCCCAUCAUGCUGGUGUUGAUGACUGCCAAGAUCGUGGGCGACGUCUUCAUUGAGGGCCUGUACGACAUGCACAUCCAGCUGCAGAGUGUGCCCUUUCUGCACUGGGAGGCCCCCGUCACCUCACACUCGCUCACGGCCAGGGAGGUGAUGAGCACACCAGUGACAUGCCUGAGGAAGAGAGAGAAGGUUGGCAUCAUCGUAGAUGUCCUCAGCAACACAGCGUCCAGUCACAAUGGAUUCCCUGUGGUGGAGGACACAGGUGAUACCCAGCCAGCUAGGCUCCAGGGCUUGAUCCUGCGCUCCCAGCUCAUCGUUCUCCUGAAGCACAAGGUGUUUGUGGAGAGGUCCAAUAUGGGUCUGGUGCAGCGGCGGCUGAGACUGAAGGACUUCCGUGAUGCCUACCCACGCUUCCCCCCAAUUCAGUCCAUCCACGUCUCCCAGGAUGAGCGCGAGUGCACCAUGGACCUGUCUGAGUUCAUGAACCCCUCUCCCUACACAGUACCUCAGGAGGCGUCUCUCCCUCGCGUGUUCAAGCUGUUCCGGGCUCUGGGCCUUAGGCACUUGGUGGUAGUGAACAACCAAAAUCAGGUGGUCGGGCUGGUGACCAGGAAGGACCUGGCCAGGUACCGCCUCGGGAAGGGGGGCCUAGAAGAGCUGUCGCUGGCCCAGACGUGAGGCUGGCCCACCCCUGGACAGAGGACCCCAGUCAUUCUGCACCUCCUCUUGGGGUCCUUGGUCUCAGCCAAAGUCUCGCUUCCUGGGCAGCACAGUGGCAGGAGCAGGUGUCCUCCAUUCUGGAGCCUGACCAGCGUGUGGGCCUGGCCCUGCAGUGCACAGUUGGUUUACAUCCUCAGCACUUCCCCUGUGCCCCAGUCCCUCCACCCCUUAAACUGCCCUCUCCUGGGUUUCUUCAGGGAUCGGAUGUGUAUUACUGUGCCUCCUGUGGCUCGCUGCAAGGGGCCAGCAUGUGUGAGAGACAAGUGAGCUGCACGGUCACGGUUUCUGUUCCUUUUUCCAUGGUGCCCAGUCAGCAGCCACACUGCCCAUAUUACUAGGAGCCCCAGUGGCAAGGGUAUUAUGGAUUGCACAGCCUGGGGAAAGUGACUCCUGUCCCUGGGUCUGUGCCCAGAAGAUGGGAUGGAGAGACUGGCUCUAUGCUUGUGUCUCAAGAGCUGAGACUCACCCAAGGGUCAGAUUCCUGAGUCCAGCACAUCAGCACUGGGGCUGGGGUCUCUGCAUUUUGGAUGCUAUAGGAAAGGUGGGUCUGACUGCAGCACUGGGGACCCUGGUCUCAGCAGUGGCUUCACUUCUGAUGACAGUGUGUACAUGGCUGGCCUUGAGGACCCAGCUAGCCCAAGGUAGCUGUAGGAUGGGCCUGUGGACCCUGAACCAAGGAACCCUGUCUGCCCACUCGACAGCUUGUCCGAACUGCCUCUGCCUGGCCAAGCCAGCCCUCAGUCAAUCACAGGAUCCCUCCCUUGGGACACUGGGUGAAGCCGUGUCAGCGUCCCUGGCACAUGUCUGUUUAUGCAGGUCCUUCUGUGAUGAAGGCCUGGAGAUACGGCCCCUUGGUUGUCCUUCCAAGGAAUUGACCCCUCCCUCUUUACCUUUCAUGGAGACCCAGGCUAAGCAUGCUGUAUGCUGUGAGAAACCAGGAACCUGUGCCAGACAACCAGGGCUGCUGUCCUCACCUGUUUGCCUGGGCCCCAGGCCUGGGAUGGCCGCUGGGUGUGGGGCUGGUGGGCAUGUGGAUUGCACUUCUGUGGACAGUAGCUGCUGACUGAUGAUCCUGAGACCAUAGCCACCCAUGGGGCUCUACGGGAGGGGAGCCACAGACAGGUGUGGAGAAGUAAUCUCCUCACCUAGGACCCUGACCAACUUGUCCUUGUCCUCACAGCCUUACUUUCGGGGACUCACUGGGGAGCCUGGGCAUGCCAGGAUACUGGCAGGUGGCUCUUCUCAAAGGAUCUCUGGGUCCACAUGAGGCUCUGAUUGGCCAGACUCGCCUUGCCUGCUCUACUAGGCCUUAAUGGGAGCAGAGAUCUGGGUGGGACAGGGGCAUGUCUGACUAGGGCCCCAGGGGCUGAACACUGUACAGGGCCUCAAAGACUUAGUACCAAAAAGCAUGUGCAAUCUGUCCACAGUUCUGUGUUGGUUACAUGUUGAAAUACUAUUUUGGAUAUAUUAGGUUAAAUAAAACAAUCAGAACUCA